UGGGCCGUCGUUUCUCUGCUCAGUGGCCGACUCUUGGGAGUUCAGUGUUGCUCUAGAGCGCGGCAGGAACGCACCGGGAACACACUUCACUAGUUCACAUACGAAAAUAGAACAUUUUCUCCUGCAACUUCCUCUUGACAUGUUUUUCCUCCACAUUUAUGGACUUUCCUAGUAGAAGUGAAAUUUAUAUAUAGUGAAAAUCAGUGAAUAGUGGAAAAUUGGUAGAAUCCAAAGAGGAGUGUUCUGAGGCAGAAAAUCCAUGUGAUUGAUUCAAUUAAAAAUAAAACGCCUGAGUGAAAAAUAAAGACUGAAAACACACGCAGGGUGUUGAAUGAGAGUCAGGAAAUUCAGGAAUUGCAAAUGUGAAUUAAAGCUCCAAUAUCUAUUGUUCUGUACAUAAAAAAACUAGUUGAGGAGUGUUGUUCGCACAGGGAGAAGGAAAAAUAACAAUUAGUUUGGAUUGCAAAACGUGAACCAAUUAACUUGAUAGACGAUGAAUUGCUACGACAUCAGUGUCGAUGAUACGGGUGAAAGGGGUGGCUUCGAGGGAGGUGGACUGAAACACCUGCCCAAGUGGCCACCGGUCAACAUUGAGUUCCAGGACCUCACAUACUCCGUUCCCGAUCUCUCAUGCAAUAAAGUGAUACUACGUGGAAUUAAUGGAAAAUUCAGAUCUAGUCACCUCACAGCGAUUCUUGGUCCAUCCGGAGCUGGCAAGAGUACACUCCUCAAUGUCCUGGCCGGAUACAAGUGCUCAGAAGCCACGGGAACAAUAAAUAUCAACAGUCGUCCUAGAGAUAUGAGAAUUUUCCGAAAAAUGUCCCGUUACAUUAUGCAAGAGGAUAUUUAUCAGCCUAUGCUCACAGUAAGGGAGGCUAUGCUCGUAUCGGCCGACCUUAAGCUCGGAAAGCAGCUGACGAGGGUAGAAAAGUUGGAAGUGAUAGAUGAAAUUUUGGAUUUACUAAGAUUGACCAAAGCCGGCGACACAAUGGGACACAAACUCUCAGGUGGAGAACGAAAGAGGUUGUCAAUAGCUUUGGAACUGGUGAAUAAUCCACCCGUUGUCUUCCUGGAUGAACCAACAACGGGCCUGGAUGACCUAUCCAGUUCACAGUGCGUUUCCCUUCUGCGAAGGAUAGCCCAUGGAGGAAGGACAGUUAUCUGCUCCAUUCACACUCCUUCAGCAAAGAUGUUUGCCAUGUUCGACCAUGUCUACAUACUAGCCAAUGGUCAAUGUGUUUACCAAGGACUAGGCUCCAACAUCGUAAAUUACAUGCAGUCCGUAGGCCUCAUUUGUCCAGUAACGUACAACCCAGCGGAUUUCAUUGUGGAGGUGUCCAGUGGGGAAUAUGGUGGGGAAUAUUUAGACAAGAUGGUAUCGAGUGUUGGGAAUGGCAGGUAUAUUUGGACACCAUCAAUUGAGGAAGCGAAAAGAAAUGGUAAUCCAGAGAGUCACGAGCUGGAAGCUUCAAAUGCGCAAAUGGAAAAUUUUGAUGUUGAAAUUAACCCAAAGGAUCUGAAAGCACGCGCCUCGUCCUGGCAUCAAUUCUGCAUCCUGUUCAGACGAAUGACAAUACAAAUGUGGCGAGAUAAAAGCUACCUCAUGCUCCGUGUUUAUCUGCACAUUUUCCUGGGUUUUGUCAUAGGCGGUCUGUUCUGGAACAUGGGUAACGAUGCAUCAAAGACUCUCUACAACUUUGGCUUCUGCUUCACAAUCAUCAUUGCUUUCAUGUACAUUCCCAUGAUGCCAAUUUUGCUCGAAUUUCCUCUGCAAGUGCAACUCUUAAAGCGCGAGUACUUCAAUAGAUGGUAUCGCCUCAAUGUCUACUAUUUGGCAUUGGUUCUGGCCAAACUGCCUAUUCAAAUUACACUAGCUAUUGUAUACAUAACGAUGGUAUACUUGUUCACGGACCAGCCCAUCUCCGUCUCCAGGAUGCUCAUGUUCUACACUAUCAGCAUUCUUGUUUCCCUCACCUCCGAAAGUUGGGGCCUUUUGGUUGCAUCCCGCCUAAGAGUUGUGAACGCUAUGUUUGUCGGGCCUGUAAUUACUGUCCCCACAAUGCUCCUGGCUGUCUACGGAAUAGGGUUUGGCAAAGGUGUUGUCAUUCCCGGUUACGUAAAGGCCCUUAUGUCGCUAAGCUACCUCCGAUAUGGUUUAGAAGGCAUCGUUGCUGCAAUUUACGGUUAUAGUCGGGAUGACAUGAUAUGUCCGGAGGAAGAAGUCUUCUGUGCCUAUCGCAAAGCCAAAUUUCUCCUUGUAACAAUGGGCUUUGAGGAAAUCAGCUAUCCCCUGUCUGUGGGUGCUCUCUGCAUUUUCUACCUCGUCUUCAAUGUAAUGGCCUUCCUACUCAUUCGUCAGAGGUUAUCCCUGAGGAGGACCAAUUUCCCAGCUGUUCAGUAUAUUGGACAAUUUGUGAAGCAGCACUUUAAUCUCUCAUCGAGCUAAAAAGAAUUUCUGUGGGGAAUGAAGUGCAAUGUGAUAGCAGGAAGAAUUAAAUCUUUAUUGAUUAAUCCAUAAUUCGUACAAUGUACCUCUUAAAUGGUUAAGUGAAGGUGUUUUAUACUGCAUUAGGACUCUUGAUGAGGAAUUUUUGUUUUUGCAAUAAAUUAUUUAAUAAUUCA